CUGGCUGGACGGGACAUGGCCUGGUGGCCGAUCGGAGCGUCUCUGUUCGCCAGCUCCGAGGGAUCAGGGCUCUUCAUCGGUCUGGCCGGGACUGGAGCCGCUGGAGGCAUCGCUGUCACGGGCUUUGAAUGGAACGCAACCUAUGUGCUGUUGGCUCUGGCCUGGGUGUUUGUGCCUGUCUACAUCUCCUCAGGGAUCGUGACGAUGCCCGAGUACCUGGGUCGUCGAUUCGGGGGAGAGAGGAUCCGAACCUACCUGGCUGUCCUCUCGCUGCUGCUGUCCGUCUUCACAAAGAUAUCAACGGACCUGUACUCUGGAGCCUUGUUUGUUCAGGUGUGUCUGGGAUGGAACCUUUAUCUGUCCACUGUCCUCAUGCUGGUGGUCACUGCUCUCUACACUAUAGCAGGGGGUCUCGCUGCCGUCAUCUACACAGACACCCUGCAGACGGUCAUCAUGAUCAUAGGAGCGAUAAUCCUGACAAUCACUGCCUUCAACAAGAUCGGGGGGUACAGCAACCUGGAGCGUGUGUACAGCAUGGCGGUGCCCAGCAAGAUCAUUCCCAACAGCACGUGCCACCUGCCGCGCGAGGACGCCAUGCACCUGUUCAGGAACGCCGUCACCGGAGACCUGCCCUGGCCUGGUAUGACGCUGGGCCUCACCAUACUGGCCACCUGGUACUGGUGCACUGACCAGGUUAUUGUCCAACGCUCCCUGUCUGCAAAGAGCAUGAGUCACGUGAAGGGAGCAUCGAUCCUGGCCGCCUAUCUGAAGAUGCUGCCCUUCAUCUUCAUCAUCCUCCCCGGCAUGAUCAGCCGAGCGCUCUAUCCGGACACUGUGGGAUGUGUCGACCCGGAGGAGUGUGUUCGAGUGUGUGGGGCGGAGGUGGGAUGCUCCAACAUCGCCUUUCCCAAACUGGUCAUUGAACUCAUGCCGAGUGGCCUGCGGGGGCUCAUGAUAGCGGUGAUGAUGGCAGCUCUGAUGAGUUCACUGACCUCCAUCUUCAACAGCAGCUCCACCCUGUUCACCAUGGACAUCUGGAAGAAACACCGGCCCCGGGCCCCAGAGAAAGAGCUGCUUCUGGUCGGCAGGAUUGUGACGGUGAUCCUGGUGGUGGUGAGCGUGGUGUGGAUCCCCAUCCUGCAGUCGGCCAACAGCGGCCAGCUCUAUGUCUACAUCCAGUCUGUGACCAGCUACCUGGCUCCGCCCGUCACCGCGGUGUUCACUCUGGCCAUCUUCUGGAAAAGGACCAAUGAGCAGGGUGCAUUCUGGGGCCUGAUGGUGGGCUUGGUGGUGGGUGUGUGCAGGAUGGUGCUGGAGUUUGGGUUCCCUCCUCCCAGAUGUGGCGUCGUGGAUUCAGCCCCUAACGUGCUGCGCAGCGUGCACUACCUCCACUUCGCCAUCCUGCUCUGUGGCCUCACUGCCAUCGUGGUGACCAUAGUGUCACUGCUCACGCCGCCGCCAACCCCGGAACAGUUGUGUAACCUGACCUGGUGGACAAUAACCGAGCCGCCACAGAGAGAAAUUCCUCUUCAGAAACCGGCUCCAGCUCCCAGAGUUCCCACUCUGAGAGAGAGUGUGUUCUGGUCGAGGUUCUGCUGUGCCAACGCGCUGCUGCUGAUCUGCAUCAACAUCUUCCUCUAUGCAUACUUUGCCUGAGCGAAGAAUUAAACCUCUGACUUCCUGCUCGUCGGCCAACCAGCAACAUGACUUCUCCAUAUCCGAGAAGGUGGAGAAACAAAUAUUGAAGAAGUUUUAGUUUCAGCUGCUAUAAAAACUUCCAUAUUUUUAAAUAGUAAAUACCCAGAGAGCUAAAUCCUCACAAACCUCUUCACGUAUUAAUUUCCUGAUGAAUGUUGAGACCAUCUUUCAUCUACAUCUGGAUCCACAUCUGUAUCACAUUACACAUAGGGAUUGGUAAUAAUGGAAGACACGUGUUAUUUUAAGUUAGUGGAACAAGUCAUGAGAAAAAGGUCAAAAAUGCACCGUCCGUAUCACAAUGUUUUUAAAUCCUGAGCAGCUCAAAAAACACCUUAUUAUAUCUACUGUACUUUUACAUGUUAUGUUUAAUAUUCGACUUCUGUCCCACUAUUAGUUAUUUGUUCAUAAGACUUCACUCAUGUUGUGAACUAUAAAUUACUGUGAAGCUCGUGCCAAACUAACAUCAAUACACGUCUUUGACUAGAAAAUAUAAGAAUAAUACUUUUGUGUGUUUAGGUUGAAUGUGACUCAAAUUUCAAUUUCCUUAUAUUUAUAUGAAUAUAUUGGUAAUUAUACAUUUAUGUCGAUGGCCUUAUGUCUUUCGUGUAAGGUUUUGUGAACGUUUAGCUAUCGCACUAGAGUCAUCUAUCAGAAUAUUUAACGUUUAUAUUCAUAUAAAUCUGAAAGUGUCUCCCUUUUCUUCACCCUGUCCCCAAAUUGUUAACUGUCAAUCAUUUAAAUGUCUGUUUUCAAAAGUGAAGCCUGAACUCCAGAUGCAUCCAAGUUAUAUUAAAUAAUAUUUUACAUUUAUUUUUUGGUAUUACAAAUAAGUGUAUCGAUACUGAAAAGUGCCUCGUGUCCUACUAAGCUCAUGACUGAGAGACUCUUAUAUAGUUUUAAUGUUUAUUGGUUGAAUCCUUGAAGAAGUGUUAAUAAGUACAAACUGCUGGAUUGUGAAAAACUCGUUUCAAUUAAAAAGACAAGAACCUGUUCAUCAAAUGUUUUUUUCUCGGUAUAUCUCUAUUAAAUCUGAAGAUGCAUCACA